UUAGCAGAAUUUGGCCAUGACCUUUGGUCACCCUGGCAUGGCCUGGGAAAGUAUCGGAGAAGUGUAGGCCAGCUACUUCUUUCUAGAACUAAAAGUUUAUACAGUGAAUCAUGGAGGAGUCUGAUGAUGAUGAAGAAAUGCCUGCACUGGAAUCAAUAUUUGUUGACCUGGACCUUGAGCUGGUCAAACUACAUCCCCCAACAAACACUGGUCAAACCCAAGCAGCGGAUGAGGAAACACCGGGUCCCUGCCAGCCCUUGACUGUAGAGCAGUCGCUGGACCAUGGUUAUACUGACUCAGAACCCUUUACAACUCCUAAGGGAAAUCGGCAUGAGCAAGUGAGCAUACUGGACAAGUGGCCUGCCAAGCAGUUACCGGAACCUCCUUGUGUGAAUAAGCCACAUCUAGGAAGUCAGCCCUUACCAAGCGCUUCUGAGCAGCUCAGGUUUACACACCAACAGACAGGAUCUGCCAGGCAUCACAAAACUGCCAAGGAGCUAGCAGCUGAGGCCUUAGCUGCAGACGAAGGUGGAUGGCUUAUCUUUGAUCCCAACUUGAAGCAGGAGGCCAACCUAAAAUAUCAAGUGGAGGAGUUCCUGGCAAGGUAUCCACCAUCCAGAGUCAGAGAAGUGAAUGGAUCACCAGUCAAUUGGAUCUGUGGUAAGGCACCAAGAGGUGACAGUACUACAGAGAAUGGAAGUGACAAAGUUGGCCUCUUCCGAACUUGGGAGGACUUACUGCAGUCAGGACGACCUACUGUGACCUUUCAGGAAAUCAAAAGAAUUGCUGUUGCCCACAGAUGCUUGAGCGGCAAGUGGCUGGUGUGGAAGGAAACUGGCGUCCAUGUUGAUCUGACAUGGGAGAGGAUAUUCCGAGCGACAGUCGCUGGCCAGCUGGGGACUUCUACCAAGGUCAGCUCUGCGCUCAAUGACGGAGGUGACAACAGUCGAAGUCACCUCACCUGCGUAUACUCCAAGGACUUCACGGACAAAUCUGGGGUGUUGAAACUGGAGUCCAGGCUGCGCCAGCUAGGUAUUCGCUGUCGGCUGGCGUACAAGCCCGAUGUCUUCUCCUACCUUGGGGUCUACCGUGGCAAUGAGUGGGGACUUAAACCAACCAUUUAUACAAGUGAAUUUGAUGUUAGGAAGAAUGCUUCUGUUGUCAUUUCAGUUUAUGAAUGAUGGCCUACAAAAUGUGCAUCACUCUAUGUGGUCCUCAUUGUAUUAGGUUUAGACAGUGAAAUUGUACUUUCCGCUGACCAUAGAAGCGUUACUGAGGUGGAGCUGUGAAUUCUCAUGUGGAGGAAGUACCCAUGCACUCAGUACUCCUUUGGCAAAUAGGGUUUGCAUGGCUUUUCAAAUGAAUAAUGCCUGUGACAUGCACUUGGGUGAAACAUUCAUGUUAACCUGAUCUCAAAAUAAUACAGAUUGCCAAAUUGUGUUCAAAUGUGAUAUAUAUUUCUUUAUUUAAAUGACAAAGCUAUAUUUAAUUUUAAAUACAUGUAUUUAAUUUUUAUUAAGUAACUAUUUUUAUCUUCCGCAAUAUGUUUGACCUUAUUUCCAGAGUUUUAUUUUAAAUGAUUCACAGUUAUAUAUUAUAUUUUCCUCUUCAGUAUAUGCAUCAUGCUUGAGGCUAAAUACUACAAAACACAGUGCCUGCUGUAACAUUGCCAAAGAAGAAAUGGUCAAUAGUUCAUCCCAUUGAUUUUGUUGACAAACUAUAUUUUGUUCAUAUCUUGAAUGCGUGCAAUGAUUUUUGUUUUUCAGUCAAAUUUUUGUAAUGAUAAGCAAUUUAAAUCAAUGAUUUUGUAGAUGACAUCACAUAGGCAAUAUUCAGUCCUGCACAACGUCUUGUGAAGAAAGCAUACAAACAAUUAUUUAACUUCCAAAAAAAGUUCAGUAUGGGGAGAAAAUGUGCAGCCAUAUAUGAUACAAAUGCCAGGGCCAUUGCCGACAAAAUACUAAUAAUAUUCACUUAAUAUCUGUAUAAGGAUAUUUGAGAUAUUGCUAGGAAUUGUGAAGGGAGGUUUAUUGUACAAAAAGUACAUUGGUGAUUUGAAUGAUUCUUGUACUAAAAGAAAGCUUAUUAAUUGGGCUUUUAUAUCCUAGAAUUUAAGAGAUACCGUAGAAUUUUAUUAAGAUAUUGGUCCUGCUAUUUCCUUUUUUUACACUGACCCUGUAAACAUGUAUGUGCAGAUGACAGUGGUUGUUCCAUGAUGCCUAUUCUCCAGGAAAUAAGUUAGCCUCAUUGGUCAUGUGGUGGACACAAAUGAAGGAUACAAUUUGGUGUGGGUAGGCACUUUUGUUUUGUACCCAAACCAAAUAGCGCUCUCCUAAUUGUAUCCAUUGUAUCUCCGCAAAUACAGCUAAUUUGUAGCCCAGGUUGGACUCCGUUGUGUACAUGCAACGGAAUGCAAUGAAGACCUCGUCCAACCUGGGCUAGCUAAUUUGUAUGAAUUUUGCAUGGGUCGUGAAUCUAAUAUUUACAUCUACAUACAUUGCCUGGGUUGGGACAAGAGCUGACUUACUUUCUCUCUGAAAUGCAAUACGAGUGUGAUACGUUGGGCUUUGCAGUGAAAGCUUGGAAAUUGUAGUACUAUUGCGAUUGAAAUAAGUUGAUGAAAAGGAUGUGACCGAUUUUCAAUCUAAGAGUUCACUUACCAGGAAAGCGAUUUUUGUGAAAUUCUUUUUUGAGGGAAUCAUUAGAAAAGAUUUUGAGAAGAAAAUUAGCGAUGAUCAAAUGUAAAAUCAGUCAUUGAAAAUGUGUUUGUUGCAUUUAGACACAUCUUUAUAGUUUUUACAGUAUAUUCGUAUUGCAUUGACAUAAAUAUGGUCAUUGUUAGUUGUUUUGUAAUCAGGGUUGGCGAUUUUUUUUUAUUUAAAAAAAAAAAAAAAAAUCGGAUUUAUUAAAUCGGAUUUAAAUCAGAUUUUUUUUUUUAUUUAAAUCAGAUUUUCAAAACAAUUUUAACUUUCAAAAUAUUGAUACGUCUAAAAAUAUGUCUAAAUCUCCCCAAGCACCCUUACACCCAUCACUAAGGUGUUUACAGGUUCCUGUAAUACCCAUCAUCCACAAAACUCAAUAAAUUGAUAAAAUUGUAUUGAAUCAACUUGAUUUCAUCUACAUGUAGUCUUCAUCAUUGGUUCAAUGGUAUAUUAAUACUGAAGACACUUAAAAGGUGCAUGGCUUGAUUGAUACAGCUGGGAUACGUUGUGUGUGGAUAUGAAUGAAAAACGUGAUUUAUUGUACAUGUAUAUGGCAUAAAAAAAUAUUACAGGUCUCCAUGGGCUUGUUGGUUUCAUAAAAAUGCUUCUAAUUGCAAAACCGGCAGCAC